AGAAGUUGGGUUUUAAAUAUUUGUAGCAACAAUGGCACGAUUCUUAAAUUGGUUAAGCUCAUUAUUAAUCAAUUUUAUGAUAAAUAUAUUUAAAAGUGGACCAAUUCCAAAACAUAUCGCGAUUAUUAUGGAUGGUAAUCGUCGUUAUGGGCGAAAACAGAAAAUAUCAUUACAUGAAGCAUACACGAAAGGUUUUGAAUCGUUAACAAAUUCUGUUAAAUGGUUUGAUAAAUUAGGAGUUAAUGAAAUUACAGUUUAUGCAUUUAGUAUGGAUAAUUUUAAACGAACAGAAGCUGAAGUGACUUUGUUGAUGGAUUUAUUCGAAGAAAAGUUUACUGAUUAUUUAAAUGAAGAAAGUAUUAUUAUGAGAAAAAAAGUUCGAGUUAAGAUUUUUGGAAAAUUAUCGGCUUUACCAACUAGGGUACAGACAGCAGCUUCGAAAUUAGUAAUUGCAACUAAAGAAAAUAAUUCUUCAAUUUUAAAUAUUUGUCUUGCUUAUAGUGGUCGUGAAGAAAUAACGAAUGCUUUUCAAUUAAUCGUUAAUGAUAUUCAAAGUCAAACAUUAUCAAAAGAAGAAAUCAAUGAAAAAUUAAUAUCACAAUAUAUGUAUUCAAAUGGAACUAGUAAUAAUCCAGAAAUUUUAAUUCGUACAUCUGGUGAAGUACGAUUAAGUGACUUUCUACUAUGGCAGACAUCUUUCACAUCUCUGUACAUGAUUGAUAUUCUAUGGCCAGAAUGGAAUAUUUGGAGUUUUUUAUUUAAUAUUUUAAUCGAUUAUCAACGUAAUCAAAAACAGUUGAGAAUUCUUUAUUCGUAA